UUUCCAAGCUUAACAAAAUGGUUUUCCUGAUUGCUGCCCUCUUUGCCCUGGUUGUGGGCAUCCUUGCUGACAAUGGUCCUACAUACAGUCCUCCUGUCCCCUCCUACAACACCCCUGCACCUGUUCCUUUGGGACCUGCACAGUACGACUUCAACUAUGUUGUGCAAGAUAACAUCGGAAACGACUUCGGUCACCAAGAAAGCCGAAAUGGAUACGACACUCAGGGUACCUACUACGUCCAGCUCCCCGACGGUCGCCUCCAAACAGUGACCUACACUGUAAACGGCGACUCCGGUUUCGUGGCUGACGUGGCAUACCAAGGAGAGGCUCAGUAUCCUGCCCAGUCUUAUCAACCUGCUCCAGCCCCUUCAUAUGUCUAGAUUUACUUGCUAGUGUGUUAUUUUAUAAAUUAAAUAUGUAUUUUUAAAUAUAUAAAGUGAUGUUGGUACACAUGCGUUUGAAAUAUAGUCAUCUCAUAAUGGAAAACUGAAACCUAUGAAAAGUUUGUUGCCCAACAUUAUGUACUGGUAUACCUGUUAAACACCCUUGUUGGCA